AUGUCAGACCAAAUACCUUUCCAUAUACAGGAGGAUAUCAUCAAAAGACUUCCUGUAAAACCAUUGCUUCAGUUUAGAUCUGUCUCAAAAGCAUGGAAAUCUUUGAUCGACAGUUCUGGAUUUAUUGCAGCUCACAGUGCCCUCCACACUCAUCCACAACAUCUGCUUGUAAAAUACGAAGAUUUGGUAGAAAAUGAAGAUAAAUAUGUUUCUUUUAUAGAUGAUGAUACUUUGCUCCAACAGAGGUUUGUUCCCUUUGUUCCGUUGUCGGUUAAGUCACUCAGACAUUCAAAAAUAGUCGGUAGCGAUCAAGGAUUGUUGUGCUUGUAUGGCUAUCAUUGGGGCCCGGGCGAAACAACAAGUGUUGGUUUUGGGGUUUGUCCUGUUGCUAAUGACCCCAAGAUUGUAGAGAUUACACAACUUCGUUUUUGGGUUGAUAAGGAAAGUGAAACUACCAAGCCAUGGAAAGUAAAGGUCUAUACGUUGAGCUCAGGAAAAUGGAGAAAUGUAUCUACCAAUCUGCCAAAUAGGUCAAUUCGAGUUAGAUGGUUGCAGGUAGUUAUUGAUAGGUUUAUCUAUUGGUGUGCUUUCCACAAAUCGACUACACAUACUCGUAAUCUAAUCAUGUCAUUUGAUAUUACUGAUGAGAAUUUUAGAGUGGUUGACCUCCCUGAUAGUUUAGCUGAGCACUCUCAAACAGAGUUAUCGGUUUGUAAGCUAAGGGAGAGUCUUGCCAUGCUUCAAUAUAGUAUAGACAUAGGUAAACAUGUUUGUGUUGUUUGGAUGAUGGAGCAUGGUGUUCAAAGAUUGUUUACAAAACUAUUCAGCAUUAGUUCUCCACAUGGGUCGAUGACAAUAUUGGGAUUUAGGAAGAGUGGCCAACCUAUAAUUGAAGUGAAAGAUGAUCUUUCUGAAUUGAGUGACCUUGCUGUAUAUGAGCCCAAUUCGGAAGUGGAGAUGAACGAUCUUGAAAUUUGCGGAAGAAGCAAUUUGUUCUCUGUGAAUUCUUACAUGGAAACGUUACUUUUGCUGGUUUAG